ACCAGUGCACAAGGAAGGACUACAAACCCUCUUACAUCUUAGCUUCAAUCCACUGUUCUGUUCAUGCUCAUGAAAAUAAUUGUGCCAUUAUGCAUCAUCAGAGUGGGUGGUAUAUGGGUUGGUCAGUGUGAUCCAUACACUAUAUAAAUGAAAGGACAGUAAAGAGAGCAGAACAAACUCCUAACAGGAGGAGACUCACUCAUGGCCUACAAGACAGAGGAUCAUGAGACUCAAUACUGCUUUCCUGCAAUCAACUCAUCAUGUUUCAAGGGAAAACGCUCCAGACAUGAAUAUUAUAUCAUUUACCUGUUCAUAUCAUUGCUCUCAGCAUGGACUGUGUUUCUGAACCUGCUGGUGAUCAUCUCCAUCUCUCACUUCAAGAAGCUUCAAACUCCAACCAACCUGAUUAUUCUCUCUCUGGCUGUGGCAGAUCUGUUUACUGGCCUUAUUUUGAUACCCAUAGAGGGCAUCAAGCAAAUUGAGAUGUGUUGGUACUUUGGAGACACUUAUUGUGGACUGUUUGUAAUUAUCGUUAGGUUGCUUCUUUCUUCAUCUCUUAGUAAUUUAAUUUUAAUAGCUGUUGAUCGUUAUGUGGCUGUGUGUCACCCUUUACUGUACCCACAGAAAAUAACCACAACUAAAACUUCAAUAAGCAUCUGUCUCUGUUGGUUUUGCUCUUCAGUUUACAAUGUUGGGCAUGUAAUUAGUAAAGGAUAUUUUAAUAUCUCACUCAAAACGUGUUAUGGUCAGUGUAUUGUCAUGAAUAGUCUUGCUUGGACAUUCACUGAUUUAAUCUUUUUAUUCCUAUUUCCCUGUGUCGUGAUCAUCACUGUAUAUUUGAGGAUAUUUUAUGUUGUUCAUCAGCAAGUGAAAGUUAUAAACUCUCUGAUGAAGGGUGGUAAAUGUGUAAUGGAAGGGUCAGUGAGGAGGAAAUCUGAGAGUAAAGCUGCUCUGACAUUAGGAAUCAUUGUGACAGUUUAUAUGCUUUGCUAUAUUCCAUUCUGUAUCUGUUCUCUAACAGAAACCACUGCAGUCUCUUCCACUACAAUGACAUUUCUAGCAUGGACUUUGUAUGUUAGCUGUGGUCUGAAUCCUCUUGUAUAUGCUUUAUUUUACAGCUGGUUUAAAAUAUCAGUUAAACACAUCCUAACUCUUAAAAUAUUUCAGCCAGCAUCAUCUCUGAUGGAAAUAUUAGAUUGUCAUUCAUGAUUGUGGUGGUGGGGGUUGAUUUAUUUCAUUUUUUGCACUUAAAGCACAACAUUUGAUUCCCAUCCCUGAAAAUGGACAAAUACUGCUAUUGCAACACAUGUGAUAUGUUUUCAUGUGUUCAGGUACAAGAAUGAGACAUAAAUGGAGAACAUAAAUGUUGACUGUGUUCUAAGAAAAUAGUUCAGUGUAGUAAAAAUUGACUGCUUUAGUAUGUGUGUGUUAUGUAUUUUAGUGCUUAUUAAAGAAUAACAUCAUUGCAUUAUCAACAUGCUAGCAUCAAACUCUUUAAAACCAACUGUGGGUAUCCUGUGCUCUUCGCGUGCAGAUCUGCUGCUUAUGUAGGCUGGUAUACAUAAAUUAUCUGUAAAUCACAACAUUUAUGUAUAAAUGCAUCACAUAUAUGUUCAUUUAAAUAAUUAGGAGAGGUUGUUGUCCUUGCACCAGACUCACCUUUAGCCAUUUAUCUCUGAUAUUACUGAUAAGCAUCAUAGUAUCUCCAGUAAAUGUAUAAAAGGUCCCACUGUAGUCUUUGUUUUGUGAUCAUGUCCACUGAUGCACCUUCAAGCAGGCAUGACUUUAUAUGAAUGUAUGUGACUGUGGCACAAUCCGGGCACUUUCAAACAGUACACAGAGAGUCAGUGGAUACUGGCUGCAGUAAUUCUGUAAUAAAGAAUCUCAAUAUUGCAGAACAGGGCUUAAAGGUGCACUAAGUAAACUUUCAUGUUUCGCUGGACAUCAAUGUUCUUGUACUUUAUACUGACAUCUGUAAUUGUUGAUAAGAUGUAAAAGCUUAAUUUUCUGAUUUCAUGUGUCUCAAUUUUGCCUUAUGCAUAGCAAUGUAGUUUGGAAAGAUUAUGGACCAGUAUGAGCACUACACUGCACUAAUGUUCUGCUGUAAAAUGUCUUGAUUCAACUUGGAACUCAUUUGAAUCCUUUGAUUUGAAAUAUCCCUAAAUUAUAAGGCUGUGACAUAACAAGGUGACGGUCAGCUAUUGUUGAGCAUCUCUCAGCUCAGUUUUUGUGCUGUGUUCUGCAACAUUGGCACUAGUCAAACCACCAUCAGUGGCUUUUUGGUGUUGAAUCAGCAUUGGAGCAGUCAGUGAGAGAGAUCCUUCUAGUCGGCUGUUCAGUUUAGGGAAUCAGUGCACAAGAAGAAAAAUGAAAGUGACGAAAGCAAGCAAAUUACAAAGUCAAGAGGGCACACACAGAAGACUAAAAAUUUUACGUCAUUUUAUUUGAGCAUUUCAGUACACAAAUAUUUUCAUAACAGCGUCACCUGGAACAGAGCAUGUGAGUGAAACCUCCGCUCUAUGCCAGUGCGCUCCGCUCAAUAGCUCAUGGCCCAAGCGAAUGCUCCACUUUUGCUCACCGGUAACAACGUUCACUCAAAUCCUACUCCGACAUGAAAUUUCUCUGUACUAUACGUCUUACUGAUUGUAAUGAAUUUCCUGAAUAAAUGUCUUAAUUACAGUAGGCCUAUAGACUUAGAUCAGUGAAGUACAGUAUAUGGAUUGUACUUUUUGCUUUUUAUUGUAUAUAUUUUAUAUUUGUGCAAAUAAAACUAAACCAAGAUAACGAUAUAUUGUUAUUUAUAUAUUAAAGCAACAUAUUGUAUAAAGUGGUAUAAAUAA